AUGCAGUCUGUAUUGACCAGAUUAGACAAUCUGUUUAAUGAUAGAAGCAGUUGCAUAUAUUCGAUUUCCUUCCAGUUGGUAUCUCUCUAUGAGUUACGGCCACCGAUUAGUAAGAAAAAAAUUGUGGAUAUCACCAAAGCAGCAAUGAAAGCGAUCAAGUAUUACAAACACGUCGUAUUUGGAGUAGAAAAAUUUUUAACAAAGUGUAAAUCGGAAUAUAAGGUACCUGGGUUAUAUUGCAUUGAUUCUAUAAUACGGCAAUCAAAACAUCAGUUUAAAGACAAAGAUGUUUUUGGUCCACGCUUUGCUCUAAAUAUGUUAACUACUCUUUCGAACGUUUUGAACUGUAAACCAGAUGAUAAGCUAAAAAUCGUUCGAGUUUUAAAUCUAUGGAAAAGUCACGAAAUAUUUGAGGCAGCGAGGUUAAGACCAUGGCUGGAGUUCUGUCGGGACAUUCAUGGACUUGAAAUUGACGUUGCGGUUGUAGAAAAAAGCGUAAAAGGUGAUCAGGCAGAUUUUUCAAUUUAUAAUCGGAUUCCUGGUCGGAGUGAAAAACGAAAAAUGGAAGUAAGUACUUUUUCAUCUGUCUGUGAUAUUCGUUCGAGAACACCACCCUUACCUUCAAUUAAGUCGAGUGGUGAUAUUGUUGAAGGUGGUUUAAGUGAACGGGAAACUCUUGAGAUGUUGACAACUAUGGGUUUGGACCUUGGUGGCAUCUUUACUUCGGAUCCAUCUUUGUUACAGAAAGUUUGCAAGUUGGUCAAUGAUAAACUUACUGAACGUCGAGAAUUAGAUUCGAAAAGACAAGGAAACAUUAAGACUCUUCUUUCCAAAGAGUUCGAUUACAGUGAUGAUGAAGACAGUGGGGAUGAUGAUUUUAAUCGAAAAUUAGAGGCAGAAACAAAGCUUACAGAACUCACAAAACAACAAAUUAUGGGUAUGGCUGAAGCAGUGCUUCGAGAACCGGAUACGAAGGAAGAGAUACAGCGUAUGCAUACAGAACGCAUAUCAGCCCUAUCUCAAGCAGCAGCAGUUCGAGUUCAGGCAGUUAAGCAGCAGCAGCAGUUACAACAUCAGGGUAAUAUUCCUCCUGUAAGUAACAAAUUAGGUUCUCAACUAGGAGCAUCGCCGAUCACAAUCCCAUUAAACCCAAUCAGCUCCUCACAGUCGAAUGUUGUAACCAUUCCUCCGUUAUCGAUUCUUAUGCCAGGGCAAUCUUUACAACCUCAGGUAUCAAAAAACGUGUUGUCACCGAGAUCUGCACAACAAUUGUUAUUUAAUACUGGUGGAUUAGCGCCAUUCGCCCCAAACAUGCAUCCACCAAGUCUUAUGAGUAUAGUACCUUCACAUAUUUCGACCUCUUUACCUGCACCUCUUGCAAAUGCUACAAAUUCUAUCAGUCGAGAUCGUAGUAACAUUGAUCAAGAUGAUCGUUAUCAACGAAUAGAUACCGAUAGAUUUGAUGGCGAUAGAGAUGAGCGACCAGGGCGGACUCAAGGUAGAACUGACCGCAUGGACGAAAAACUUGACAAAGAUCAAGAACGACGGCGGGGUCGUUCCAGAGAUCAUGAACAUGAACGAGAUAGGACAAGCAAUCGGGGUUUCGCAGAUGUGCAUCUAUCAAAACGUGUCCGACGUAGCAGGUCACGUGAUCACAGCUAUGGGGAUCGUAGAAGGGAGCAUCAUCGCAGUGGUAGUCAUGGGCAUAGAGGUACAUCACGUACCCGAAUUGAAAAGGAACGAUCUGAGCGUGAUCAUAACAAUUCAUCAUAUAGAGAUUUGGAGCGAUAUCGGCGGAAAAUGGGAUUGCCUUGGCCACCAAAGGAAGGAUAUCUGUUGAUAGCAUCAUGCACAUUGUGGUUAGGAAGAAUCCCUAGUAACUGUACGGAAAAUGACAUUCGUCAAGCAAUUACUGAUGGUGGUGAACCAUCGCGGAUUAGUAUUAUACAUUCUCGUGCAUGCGCGUAUGUUACAAUGAAAGAUAGGAAAGAAGCAUAUCGAGUUAUGGAUCGUAUGCAAAAGAACUUCAAAAUCAGAGAAAAAUGUGUCAAAUUGAACUGGGGUAUUGGACAAGGUUUAAAAAGAGAUAAAUACGCCGAAUACUGGGAUGCAGAGCGAGGGUAUUCUUUAAUUCCGCACAAUAUGCUUCCGGAUGACUUAGAAACAUUAAUAGAAGGAGGGCAUCUUGAAGUAGAAUCAUUGCCCGUUCAUCUUGCAAAUUUGUAUGAUGAACAUGGAUUGAAAGCAAAGCGAAUUGACACAGAACCGGCUUCAUCUCAAAGUACUUCAAACAUACAGUUGCCACAAAUGGUUCCAAACUUCUCUUCGUAUCAAUUUCCAGUAAAUCAUCCGCCACGAAUACCAGGAACUGCUCCCUUUUUACCUCCAGGAAUGAUGCCGAUUCCUGGUAUUUUUCCACCUGCUUUACCACCACACAUUGGAGGGGGGGUAAAGCCAGUUGGAUCUGGACCAAAAUCACAGGAUUAUUCAAAAGGGGAAACUCUAGCAUCAAGCGCAUCACCAGCACCUAGACAGGUUUUUCUAAUUAAAAAUAUCUCAUUAUUAUUGGGAUUUUUUCAACUUCAGGUCAUAAAUAUAUUAUUUCAGGCUACGGACAAUAUGAUGAAUUUGGAAGGAAUACGUUUACCAGAUGAACUCAUAUGUUUGCUUCCAUUGACUAUAUGCAUAAAAUUUUCAGGACCUAAUUCUUUCAUGACAAAUUAUAAUGUACCGCCUCCAAGAUAUAACGCCUCUUGUGCAUCAGUGGGACUUCGAACGAAUCGGCCGGGAGUAUUCCCAGGAAGGCCACCGUUUGCGCCAUUUGGUGGAGGGCCUUCUUUUGCAGGGUCACCGAUUAGAGGAGCUUUGCACACACCGACACCACCAAUGCAUCACCCUGCAGGAAUGGGAAGAGGUCCACGCAAUCAUUAUCCACCUCGACAUUUUGCGCCCACCGUGCAGAGUAGUAAUUCAGAUGCAUAUAACGCUACACAAGACGAUCGAUGGCGAAGUAAUGAAUUUGACGAUAUGUAUGUUGAAAACUCAAGAGAAGAUGAAUGGAACCAUAAUGGCAUUGCACUACCUAGCAAUGAAGAAUAUAAAUAUGGUGAAAACAUUCACAAGGAAAUCAAUAAUACAUCUCUAGAAAAAAUGACUGCACAGAGACCUAUGAUAGAUGAUUCAAGCAAUGAACUUGUCACAUCUACCACUCAUGAUGAUGAGAACCCUGAAUUCAAAGACAUUCUUCAGCCUUCAGUACAUGAAAUAAAAAAACCUGGCUUUGAAAUGGAAGCACAGAAUACUGAUGACCUAAAGGUUAUUUUAUAUAAUUUUUUUCAAUAA